AUGACUACCAGUGCAGUGUGUAAAACUAGUUCCAAUAUGCAUGACGAAAACUUAGAAACAUUUUAUCUUUUGUGGCUUGAUGCCGAAGUCAAUAUUAGCGAAGAAAAUCGAAUAGCACAACAACAACUUCGUUCCACAAUCAAUCAUGUGACAACAUUUGAAGAUGGAAAUCUUUGUCAACAAUAUAUUCAAUCGAUUUCAAUAUACGAUCGAAUUAUUCUUAUUGUCAGUGGUCGAUUAGGCCAAGAAGUCGUACCUCGUAUUCAUGAUCUUCGACAAUUAUCAUCUAUCUAUGUUUAUUGUAUUGAUAAACAGAAAAAUGAAGAAUGGGCAAAAAACUUCACUAAAGUGAUGGCUGUUACUGUAGAUAUUGACCAUCUUAUCGAUCGAAUCAAGCGUGAUCAGAAAAACCGAAUAAAAGAAGAAGAUCCAAUAGUGAUUAAUAUUUUUACUGCCAAUCAAAAUCCAGAUCUAUCAACUACGGGUCUGAAUGGUACUUUCGUACAUUCUUUAUUGCUCGUUGAUGUUUUACUUCGAAUGACACCUGCUAAAACAGACAAAACUGAACUCAUUGAACUCUGUAAAAAAGUGUACAAGGGUAACAAAACUCAACUAAAUGUUCUUCGCGAUUUCAAUAAUGCUUAUACGCCAGAAAAAGCCUUAUGGUGGUAUACUCGUGAGUCAUUCUUGUACAAAAUUCUCAAUAAAGCAUUACGUGUACAAAGCAUUGAUAUAUUAUUUAUUUUUCGUUUUUUCAUGCGUGAUAUUUAUCGAGCAUUAGAACAAUCUCAAUGUCAAUCAACAAUACGUGCAUAUCGUGGCCAAAUCUUAUCAAACGAUGAAUUGAAAAGUCUUCGAGAAUCGAUUGGAGAACUAAUUUCAAUUAAUUCGUUUUUUUCAACUACGACUGAUCGUAAACAAGCGUUAGCAUUUCUGAAUAGUCAUAAUCUCUCGAAUGGUUUACAACGAGUACUAUUUAUAAUCGAUGCUGAUCCUAGCACGGGAGCAACAAAACCAUUUGCUAACAUAAGUUCAUUUAGUGAUUUUGAAAACGAAUCAGAAGUCCUGUUUAUGAUUGGUUCCAUUUUUCAUUUGAAAAGUAUUCGUAGACAACAUGAUAAGUAUUGGAUAAUUCAACUUACGAUGUGUAGCAAUGAUCAACAUGAUUUAACAAAUCUAUUUCAAUAUAUGAAGGAACAAUAUGGUGGUGGUGAGAAUGAAACGAGUCUUCUCAAUUUCGGCCAAGUACUGCGUCGCAUGGGUAAAUUUGAUUUAGCCGAGAAAUUCUAUCGUCGAUCAUUGAACGAACUUGCCCCUGAUGAUCCGUCACGUGUUUCAUUGUAUUAUUCACUCGGUUUAGUGCUCAAAGAGAAAAAAGAAUUAGAUUCAAGUCUUGAAUAUUUACAUAAAUCACUAAAACUAAUAGUACAGUCGUCUCCGAAGGACUAUCAAAAAAUUAGCAUGCGUUACAAUGCUAUUGGAACUAUUUAUAGAAUGAAAAAUGAAUAUGAUAUCGCACUUGUUUGGUUUAAUAAAGGUAUUAAACUUCUCGAGAACGGCGACAACAUUGAUCAUUCGAAAAUGGCUCAUUUUUGUAAUAAUAUUGCUACUACCUACGAAAAGAAGGGCGACGAUGUGGAAGCUUUAAAUUUCAAUAAAAAGGCAUUGACGAUCAGAAAACAACAUUUACCUUCCAAUCAUCCUGAUAUAGGUAUGUCUCACAAUAACAUAGGUAGCAAUCAUCAUCGUCUUGGUCAUUAUGAUCUGGCCUUGAAACAUUACAAUCAAUCACUUAGUAUUAGAUUAAAGUCAAUGCCUUCUGAUCAUCCACAUAUUGGCAACUGCUAUAGAAACAUAGGACUAGGGCUCGAAGAUAAAGGUCAAUUGAAUCAAGCAUUAGAGUAUUUUCAAAAAUCAGCAACUAUUUAUCGGCAAACACUCUCCUCUCAAGAUGCAGAUCUUAUCAAUAUUGAAGCUGAUAUAAUACGCAUCUCAUCGAAACUAAAAUGA